UGGCUCGCGUCAGUGUUGCGCAGAUUCGGUUUGAACCGAAAGCGGAGUGUGACCUUCCCGGGCGGCGGAGACCGGCAGGAGACCGAGCGAGCGGACCCAUGUCAGCACUCCCGUCCACAACCCUCGCCACGGAGAUGAACAGCAACUUAGCUGGAGAUGAAAUCGGGAAGCUGUUUGUGGGUGGACUGGAUUGGAGCACCACCCAGGAGACUUUACGAAACUACUUUUCUCAAUACGGAGAGGUUGUGGACUGCGUCAUCAUGAAAGAUAAAAGCACAAAUCAGUCCAGGGGCUUUGGCUUUGUGAAGUUUAAAGACCCCAAUUGCGUACGCACGGUCCUGGACACCAAACCUCAUAACCUGGAUGGAAGAAAUAUCGACCCAAAGCCUUGUACACCGAGAGGUAUGCAGCCCGAGAAGACCCGGACAAAAGACGGCUGGAAAGGAAGCAAAAGUGACAGUAAUAAAUCUAAGAAGAUAUUUGUGGGUGGAAUACCUCAUAAUUGCGGUGAAGCUGAACUCAGGGAUUACUUCAACCGAUUUGGAGUGGUCACAGAGGUGGUAAUGAUCUAUGACGCAGAGAAACAGAGGCCUCGAGGUUUUGGAUUUAUUACUUUCGAGGCCGAACAAUCAGUGGACCAGGCUGUCAACAUGCAUUUUCACGACAUCAUGGGCAAAAAAGUUGAAGUGAAGAAGGCGGAGCCUAGGGACAGCAAAGCUCCCGCCCCUGGUCAGCUGGGAGCCAAUCAGUGGGGGCCCCGAGCCAUCAUAAGCGCAGCCAAUGGCUGGGCAGCACAACCGGCCCCGACCUGGCAGCAGAGCUACGGGCCUCAGGGUGUUUGGGUGUCUACAGGUCAACCGCUUGCAGGGUAUGGACCUCCUCUACCCGCUGGCCGUGGGGCACCCGCACAAGCUCCUUCUCCAUUUAAUGCAUUUCUAGUUGCAGCGCCACCUACAGGAGGGUUCGGGGCGCCUCAGGGAUACCCCCAACAGGGCUUUAGCACGCAACCUCAGUUUGGAUAUAGCUUUGGAACACCUCAAGGUGACCAGUUUGUAGCACAGGGAAUGCCUCCCCCUCCCGCCACGCCGGGCGCAGGGCCUUUAGGGUUUGCUCCUGCAACGACUCCCUCUCAGGACCUGAGCAAAGCCGCCCCAGCACAGCCAGAUUUCUCCUACAGCCAGUAUGAGUAUCUUCUUAGAUGUUCCACAGAAGAAGGAAAGCCAUUCAUGGUUGAACUACAAGAAGGCUUGGGUAACUAUCCUCAGGACCCCUCUGCCUACGGACCAACGCGUCCUUCUCACACUUAUGUACAGGAAGAGCAGGGAUAUAGCGCAGGUUAUGGGCAGGACCUGAGUGCUUUUGGUCAUAGCUUUGCAGACCCCAGCCAGCCUACUGCCUCAUACGCCGCAGCCCCCUCCGCGCCCUCGUCAGGAGCUCCAGCGGCCGCCAGCAGCUUCGGACGGGGACAGAACCACAAUGUACAGGGCUUCCACCCCUACCGGCGCUGAGCUGCUGUCCCACACCAACCCUCCCUCCCUCCCCAAUGCAAUAAACAUCGUCAGGGAUACAGACGUUUCCAGCACAAGCUGAACUGGAUAUUGGGAUUGUCUUUCUGAAGAUCGCAAAGAGCAAAUAAAAAAAGGGGUUUUAUUGUGUGUAAAUUGUAAACAGGGGCUCUACUCCGACAAUAGGAGACCACCGUACUCUUCUAUAUUUUGUAGUAGAACUGAACUACUGAAGUAUUUAGCAAUAGAUUUGGAUUGUCUGGUCAAACAUCAGCACAGAACAGACGCACCAGACGUCAGCGACAGGGUCUCCCAAUUAUUCAGCUUUAAUUAUUAUAUUAGCGGGGAAAUGUUUUUAUUUGGAAUUUUGUGGAUUUUGUUUACUCUACGAGCCUUUUACCGUUUUAUUUAAGUUUGAAAUAGAGUACAAAUGUGUAUUAUACACCUAAACUGUGCAAUUUUUUAAAGAAUUUUGUACUAAUAUAUGUGCGCUUUUCUCGUUUUUUUAUUUAAGGAUGUAGAAUUUCCUCAGGUGGCUGUUGGUGCACUUUGCACUUAUGCAAAAAAAGAAAGUUUAAAAAAACACACACAAAAAUGAGAGUUUAUUUGAAAUAAAUGAUUUAAAGAA